GCAGCGCGGCGGCGGCAGGUCCCUCCCCAGACAUGGCCCUGGGAGGCGGCAGCACAUGGCGGCCGCGGCGGCCGUGAGCGCGCCCCCGGCCCGCCCCAGCCCGCCCUAGAGGCCGCCCGCGCCGGCCCGCCACGGCCCCGCCGCCCCCCGCCCCGCCGCCGCCGGCCCCGCCGCCCGCGCGCGCCCGCCCCGCCGCCGCCAUGGGCGUGCAGGGCUUCCAGGACUACAUCGAGAAGCACUGCCCGAGCGCCGUGGUGCCGGUGGAGCUGCAGAAGCUGGCCCGGGGCAGCCUGGUGGGCGGCGGGCGGCAGCGGCCCCCGCAGACCCCGCUGCGCCUGCUGGUGGACGCCGACAACUGCCUGCACCGCCUGUACGGCGGCUUCUACACCGACUGGGUCAGCGGCGGCCAGUGGAACCACAUGCUCGGCUACCUGGCGGCGCUGGCCAAGGCCUGCUUCGGCGGCAACAUCGAGCUCUUCGUCUUCUUCAACGGCGCGCUCGAGAAGGCCCGGCUGCACGAGUGGGUCAAGCGGCAGGGCAACGAGCGCCAGACGGCGCAGCAGAUCGUCAGCCAUGUCCAGAACAAGGGCACGCCGCCGCCCAAGGUCUGGUUCCUGCCGCCCGUCUGCAUGGCCCACUGCAUCCGCCUGGCGCUCAUCCGCUUCCACGUCAAGGUUGCACAGAGCAUUGAGGAUCACCAUCAAGAAGUGAUUGGUUUCUGCAGAGAGAACGGUUUCCAUGGCUUGGUGGCCUACGACUCCGAUUAUGCACUGUGCAACAUCCCCUACUACUUCAGUGCCCAUGCCCUCAAGCUGAGCCGCAACGGGAAAAGUCUCACGACAAGCCAAUAUCUGAUGCAUGAAGUUGCCAAGCAACUGGACCUGAACCCAAAUCGUUUUCCUAUUUUUGCUGCUCUGUUAGGAAAUCACAUACUACCCGAUGAAGAUCUGGCUUCCUUUCAUUGGAGUUUACUUGGUCCAGAACAUCCACUAGCCUCACUGAAGGUCCGGGCCCACCAGCUGGUCUUGCCACCCUGCGAUGUAGUGAUCAAAGCUGUUGCUGACUAUGUCCGCAACAUUCAAGACACCUCUGACCUGGAUGCCAUAGCUAAAGAUGUUUUCCAGCAUUCACAGUCUAGAACAGAUGACAAAGUUAUUCGAUUUAAGAGAGCAAUUGGAUAUUACUCAGCGACUAGUAAGCCUAUGUCAUUUCAUCCAUCACAUUACUUAGCCAGACCAAAUCCGUUUGGAAUGCCUGGGAUGGUGCCACCUUAUGUUCCCCCUCAGAUGCUCAACAUUCCACAGACUUCUCUGCAAGCAAAGCCCGUGGCCCCACAGGUGCCCAGCCCUGGGGGGGCUCCGGGCCAGGGUCCAUACCCAUACAGCCUCGCUGAGCCGGCCCUCACUCUGGACACAAGCGGGAAGAACCUGACAGAGCAGAACAACUACAGCAACAUUCCUCACGAGGGGAAGCACACGCCGCUGUAUGAGCGGUCCUCGCCCAUCAACCCAGCCCAGGGUGGCAGCCCCAAUCACGUGGAUUCCGCCUACUUCCCUGGCUCUUCUACAUCAUCAUCAUCAGACAACGACGAGGGCAGUGGAGGGGCGACCAACCACAUCAGUGGGAACAAGAUUGGCUGGGAGAAGACCGGAAGCCACACGGAACCUCAGACGCGGGGAGACCCAGGAGACCAAGCAAAGGCAGAAGGUUCCUCCACUGCCUCUUCAGGAAGCCAGCUAGUGGAAGGCAAAGGGAGCCAGAUGGGCACAGUCCAGCCAAUCCCCUGCCUCCUGUCGAUGCCCACCAGGAACCACAUGGACAUCACCACACCUCCCUUGCCCCCCGUCGCACCUGAGGUGCUAAGAGUGGCCGAGCACAGGCACAAGAAGGGGCUGAUGUACCCCUACAUCUUCCACGUCCUGACGAAGGGUGAAAUCAAAAUUGCUGUUUCUAUUGAAGAUGAAGCCAACAAAGACCUGCCUCCGGCUGCCCUGCUCUAUAGGCCAGUUCGUCAGUAUGUUUACGGAGUCCUGUUUAGUUUGGCAGAAAGCAGAAAGAAAACUGAGAGACUUGCUUUUAGAAAGAACAGACUUCCACCAGAAUUCUCACCAGUGAUCAUUAAGGAAUGGGCAGCUUACAAGGGGAAGUCUCCUCAAACCCCGGAACUAGUGGAAGCCCUGGCCUUCCGGGAGUGGACCUGCCCCAAUUUGAAGAGGCUCUGGCUUGGCAAGGCCGUAGAGGACAAGAACCGCAGGAUGAGGGCCUUCCUGGCCUGCAUGAGGUCCGACACCCCAGCCAUGCUUAACCCCGCCAACGUGCCCACUCACCUCAUGGUGCUCUGCUGCGUCCUACGGUAUAUGGUGCAGUGGCCGGGAGCUCGAAUCCUACGGCGUCAGGAGCUGGACGCCUUCCUGGCCCAAGCGCUGUCCCCCAAACUCUACGAGCCAGACCAGCUACAGGAGCUCAAGAUUGAGAACCUAGACCCCCGAGGAAUUCAACUGUCAGCUCUCUUCAUGAGUGGAGUAGACAUGGCAUUGUUUGCCAAUGAUGCGUGUGGACAGCCCAUCCCCUGGGAACACUGUUGUCCUUGGAUGUAUUUCGAUGGGAAGCUCUUCCAGUCCAAACUCCUCAAAGCCAGCCGGGAAAAGACCCCACUCAUCGACCUCUGUGAUGGUCAGGCUGAGCAGGCCGCCAAGGUAGAGAAGAUGCGGCAGAGUGUUCUGGAGGGGCUCAACUUCUCCCGGCAGAACCACCCACUCCCCUUCCCGCCACCGCCUGCUCUGCCCUUCUACCCCGCAUCUGUGUACCCUCGGCACUUCGGGCCCGUCCCCCCGUCUCAGGGCAGGGGCAGAGGCUUUGCAGGAGUCUGUGGCUUUGGCGGCCCCUAUGGGGAAACGGUAGCAUCAGGCCCUUACCGUGCCUUCCGGGUGGCGGCAGCAUCUGGACACUGCGGAGCCUUCUCAGGCAGUGACAGCAGCAGGACUAGCAAGUCCCAGGGCGGAGUCCAACCUAUACCUUCUCAGGGAGGGAAACUAGAAAUUGCUGGCACUGUGGUUGGCCACUGGGCAGGAAGUAGGCGGGGCCGUGGAGGCCGAGGGCCCUUCCCACUACAAGUGGUCUCAGUGGGAGGACCAGCAAGAGGGCGUCCAAGAGGAGUUAUUUCCACCCCAGUGAUACGGACGUUUGGUAGAGGUGGAAGGUACUAUGGCCGAGGUUAUAAAAGCCAGGGAGCAAUUCAGGGCAGACCUCCUUAUGCUGCUUCAGCGGAAGAAGUGGCCAAAGAGCUGAAGUCGAAAUCCGGGGAAUCCAAGUCCUCUGCCGUGUCUUCAGACGGGUCCCUGGCUGAAAACGGAGUGAUGGCCGAGGAGAAGCCAGUGCCCCAGAUGAACGGGAGCGCGGGUGACACCAGGGCCCCCAGCCACUCCGAAAGUGCCUUGAACAAUGACUCUAAAACGUGCAAUACAAAUCCUCAUUUAAAUGCACUAAGUACAGACAGCGCCUGCCGCAGGGAGGCUGCUCUGGAGGCAGCUGUCUUAAAUAAAGAAGAGUAAACUUAUAUUUUAUAGAGGGUGAAGAAUGCUGGAAGGGUAAGAAUUUAGAAAUAUCUGGAGAGAAAGAGAGCCUGCAGUUAUGUACAUUUUGUCCUUUCUGAAAAAGAAAAAUUAGGACUUUGGAAAUUCAGAUCCCUCUUUGAUAUCAGAGAUUUAAACAACACAUUUUUAGUUUUAACCAGUUGUAGUCAAAAUGCUACAAUAAAACAAAAAAGAGAGAAAGAAAAUGAAGAGCAUUUGACUCCCGCAUUUAAAAUGAAGUACACACAAAGUUUAAACUGGUUAUGACAAAAGCCUAUAGUUGUAUUUCUUGAACUAUAAAGAAAACAAAUUUUGGCAGUCUUUAUAUAUAGCUUAAAAUAUAAUUUUUAGCAUUUGGCACCAUAUGUAUGCCAUUAUAUUUGAUUUUGCAUUACUGUUUCACAAUGAAGCUUUGUUUAAGGCUUUGAUUUUUAUGAUUAUGAAAGAAAUAAGACACAACCACAGUUUUUCUUUCUUACUUAAAUUUCAUCACCGUUGAUGUGGUUCUUUUGUGUUAAAAAAAAAAAAAGUGCAACUAUCGAAACUAAAAAAUUAUA